GUUGAUACGCACGUGUGGAGGAAGAAAAGUUUGCAGUCAUUGGUAUAAACACGUCGUUAGCUAGCACAUUUUAUGCAAAGAGGGCUUUUAAAUGGUUGACUUUAGAAUGAAUCUUCCUGUUAACUACGACGACGAACCUUCUGUGGCAGCCUUUCCUGCCCCCACAAAAGUUCAUGCUACCACCAUGUCCUCCUACACCUGCAUCAGCUGUCGUGUGGCCUUUGCAGAUGGCGAGGUCCAGCGUGCCCACUACAAAACCGACUGGCACCGUUACAACCUGAAACGCAAAGUUGCAGACAUGCCCCCUGUGACCGCAGAGAACUUCCAGGAGCGUGUGCUAGCGCAGCGGGCCACCGCCGAACAACAGGAGACUGGCGCCACUGUCAGUGAGGGCUGUGCCACGUGCAACAAAAAGUUUUCCAGCUCCAAUGCCUAUCAGAACCACCUGCAGUCCCACAAGCACCAGCAGGCGGAGAAGCAGGCCUUGCUGGCAGCCCAGAGGAAAGUGGAGAGGAUGAAUGAGAAAAACCUGGAGAAGGGCCUCGGGGACGACUGCAAAGUGGACCACAAUGCCAAGAACGAAGCACUGCAGCAGGCCCUAAAGCCACCGCAGCGGCCCAAUCCGGAAAAGGAACAGGCUUCCGGGGCGGAGGGGCCAGCAGCGGAUAAGGCCAAGCUGGAGAAACCGCCCAGGCUGCAGUGGUUUGAGGGGCAGGCGAAGAAGAUGGAGGGAGAGGAAUUGGCCACAGCAGAGGAAGAAGAGUGGGAGGAUGUGGAUGGCGAGGGCGACGAUGACAUGGAUGAUGAUGACUUCGAUGAAGAUGCUGACGAAGCCAUGGAGCACGAGGAAGGGGAUGGUGCUGCUUCGGCCUCCCACCCCCCUGCCUUUCUACCAGGGGCCAUCCCUGCCACGGACUGUUUGUUCUGCCCCCACCACUCUCACUCACUACUCAAGAACCUGGCUCACAUGACCAAAGUGCACAGCUUCUUCCUGCCUGACCUGGAAUUCCUAAUCGACCUCAAGGGACUAAUUUGCUACCUGGGAGAGAAAGUGGGCGCUGGUAAGGUGUGUCUGUGGUGUAAUGAGAAAGGCCGAUCCUUCUACUCCACUGAGGCCGUACAGGGCCACAUGACCGACAAAAGCCACUGCAAGCUCUUCACCGACGGAGACGCGUCACUGGAGUUUGCCGACUUCUACGACUUCAGGACAAGUUAUCCUGACCAGAAAGAGGGAGAGGAUGCUGAGAUGGAGGAUGAAGCAUUGCCAGACGGGAAGAACAUAGACUACGAUGACGAUACGCUUGAGCUCACCCUUCCCUCAGGUGCUAAGAUCGGCCACCGCUCUCUGAUGCGAUACUACAAGCAGCGUUUCGGUGCACCCAAGACUGUGGCAUUGGCCCACAACAGGAACGCAGUGGGUCGGGUACUCAGGCAGUACAAGGCCCUGGGCUGGGGCGGAGAUAUGGGUAAAAACUCUUUCCAUCAGAACCAGAAGGACAUGAAGUUUGUCCAGAAGAUGAAGUCGAGGUGGAUGCUGAAGAUAGGCAUGAGCAACAACUCCAACAAACAGACCCACUUCAGGCUCCAAGUCAUGUUCUAGUCCCCAGACAGAAAAUGCAGUGUCAGAUCCCAAUAUACCUGACUCAUAUCAUUGGACAGUCCCUAAACCUUUUACGGCUAACCUCUUUUACCCCAUUCAAAGAUGUCUGUUGUAAACAUUCAGUACUCAUUGUUAUAUCUACUGUAUAUCUCAAAGGACUUCACCAUGACAUAAUUAUGUUCAGAGCUGUUAAUAUCUACUGGAAAAUGCAUGUAUUUCAUAUUCUAUUCAUGAUCUGAGGUUGAGGACAAAAUACUGAGUUACUGCUUUGUAUUUUGACAAAGAUGGCUGUAUAUUUCACAUCCUCAUGAAAUUCUGACCAAGAUAAUUAUUUUCUCAAUCUAAUUCCAUACUGUAAUUCCACCAAAUAAUUGUUUAUAAAAUACAAUUGAGGUUGAGUAAUAAACGUGAAUAAUUAAUUGUUA